CCGGCUUCAGAGCGGUCGGGACCUAGCACUGUGCUUAUCCCCGACCCUAUGGCGGUAGUUCAUGGUCCUCCGGCCAGCCACAGCCUAGCUGAUCCCUCAACGCGACAGUCCCCGAGCCGUGAGGUAUCACCACGUCGACCCGACGACACGGAUUAUGUGCGCUCGGUACCACCAUCGGCAACUGUCAUGCAACGACUGCAGACCAGUGUUCAACCAAAACUCAAGCCGAAGUCCUGGACCAGGGGCGACGCAAGCCCUAUAUUUUCAGCCACGGCCGACAUGUGA